AUGGAGAAGAAGUUAAGGAUAAAGAAGAAAGUAUGGAUGGGGAAGAAGUUUGGGAUGGAGAAGAAGUUUGGAAUGGAGAAGAAUCUACUAAUUAAGGAAGCAGAACAAGUUAAGGAGGAUGGAGAAGAAGUUAGGGAAGGAGAAAAAGUGAAGAAUGAAGAACAAGUUAGGGAAGGAGAAGAAGUUAAGGAUGGAGAACAAGUUAGGGAAGGAGAAGAAGAAGUUAAGGAUGGAGAAGUAGUUUGGGAUGGGGAAGAAGUGAAGGAAGGAGAAGAAGUUAAGGAAGAAGAAGAAGAAGAAGUUUUGGAUGGAGAAGAAGUUAAGGGUAAAGAAGAAAGCAUGGAUGGGGAAGAAGUUUGGGAUGGAGAAGAAGAAGGAGACGAAGUCAAGGAAGAAGAAGUUUUGGAUGGAGAAGAAGUUAAGGAUAAAGAAGAAAGUAUGGAUGGGGAAGAAGUUUGGGAUGGAGAAGAAGUUUGGAAUGGAGAAGAAUCUACUAAGUAUGGAGAAGAAAUUAAGGAAGAAGAAGUUAAGGAAGGAGAAGAACUUUCGGAUGGGAUGGGAUCGGAUGGGAGAUUAUAUUUUAGGGAAGGAGAAGAAGUUAAGGAUGGAGAACAAGUUAGGGAAGGAGAAGAAGAAGUUAAGGAUGGAGAAGUAGUUUGGGAUGGGGAAGAAGUGAAGGAAGGAGAAGAAGUUAAGGAAGAAGAAGAAGAAGAAGUUUUGGAUGGAGAAGAAGUUAAGGGUAAAGAAGAAAGCAUGGAUUGGGAAGAAGUUUAG